AUGAAUGAAACAAAUUAUAAUGAGGUUUCUGAAUUUGUUUUUCUGGGACUUUCAACAUCUAGACCAAUACAGCAUUUCUUCCUUACCUUCUCUGUGGUAUUUUACAUAAUCAUUGUACUGGGAAAUUCUAUUGUUGUUUUUACAGUGGCAUUUGAGCCACAUUUACAUUUCCCCAUGUACUUUCUAUUGGGAAACCUCUCAUUUAUUGAUUUAUGUCUUUCCACCUUAACUAUACCGAAGAUGAUUUCUGACCUGUCCUCUGGGCACAAUACCAUCUCAUUUCAGGGCUGUGUCUUCCAGAUAUUUGUCCUGCAUGUACUGGGAGCAUCUGAGAUGGUAUUGCUGGUAGCCAUGGCCUGGGACAGAUACGUGGCCAUAUGCAAGCCCCUCCACUACCUGACCAUCAUGAGCCCACGGAUGUGCCUUUUGCUUCUCUCUAGUGCCUGGGUUAUUGGCCUUUUGCAUUCGGUGGCCCAAUUAGCUUUUGUGGUCCAUUUGAGUUUUUGUGGUCCUAAUAAGAUAGAUAGUUUUUACUGUGACCUUCCUAGGUUUAUCAAACUGGCCUGCAUAGAUAACGACAGAAUGGAGUUCAUGGUGGCUGCCAACAGUGGUAUCAUUUCUAUCGGCACCUUCUUCUUAUUGAUUGUCUCCUACGUGGUGAUCCUGGUCACUGUAAGGAAACAGUCAUCAGGUGAUUUGUCCAAGGCCCUCUCUACACUUACUGCUCACAUCUCCGUGGUGGUUUUGUUCUUUGGACCAUGCAUCUUUGUGUACAUGUGGCCAUUUCCUACUGUGCCAGUGGACAAGUUUCUUGCCAUCCUGGACUUCAUGAUUACACCCAUCCUGAAUCCAGCCAUUUACACACUGAGGAACAAAGACAUGAAGGUGGCAAUGAAGAGACUGAUGUAA